AUGACAUCCGUCACCUCUACUAAUCAUAGCCUUUCCGAGCCAGCCGGGGCUUCGUCUGAUGAUGAGGCGGGUGAUUCAAGAGUUCAGUCUACGGAAAACCCAGAUCCGUCUCAGGCUAUACCCACCUCUUCCAAGGCAAGGGCUAAACGUCGAAUUGCUGCCUUAGAAGACGAGCUCGCAAUGAUGCGGCAAGAGAAAGGAGGAAAGAAGAGAAAGACAACCUUCUACAUCUCACAAGGCAGGGCAAUUCGUCGACUCAUUGUUCUUUACCAAACCAUGCAAGACUUAAUCACCGAGAACGAUCGCAGAUACGAGUUCCACUCGUCGGUGCAAUCAACUACGGAGCAAAAUCGCUCACAAAAAGGUUAUGUCGAAUUAACACGGGUGCUACCGUGGUUGCACGAAAAGCUCAGUGACCUUGAUGACGAGGAUUCGGCGGAUAUGUUGAAGAAGCUCAAGAAAGGAGCGGAUGCAGCUCGCGGUGAUGAUACCUCCAGUCUCAAGGAGCUGGUCGCUACUUGGGUUAAUCAGGAGUUUCGUCCGUCUCCUCUGAUCAAGCCAAAUGACAAGUAUUUGCGCGGCUUUGCGAAUGAUAUCUGUGGGAAGUUGCUCUGCCCUGCUGAGUGGGAUUGGGAUAAAAACAGUGUCAAGGCUGGCAUUCGCGACAGAACGUCGGAAUAUAUCAUAUCCGAGAAUUCUUGGCCGUUGCUUGUAUACGAGAAAUAUCAAUAUAACAGCGACGACGUAGAGGAAGGUUUCCUGAAGUCGAAGCUCCUAGUUCUUGCUUUCAAAGCAGUCUUUACAUCACCUUCCUCUGCGAGGGAAGCUGACGGAGAUGGAGACGGAGCUGACAUUCUUGAAAAUAACAGGCGCGCGCACCGGAAAUCUGAACAUACGAAGGUUAAGACAUGUGUCGCCUCAAUCAUCAACAUGAAGAAAGUCAUGCCUCGUGCUAUUGCAUAUGUUGUUUGUCAGGUUCGUUUCGCUUUAUCAAGCGUCUCAUCAUGGCGCACCGUGGACGGGGAUUUCGACUAUGAAGUGUUUUGGAAUAACAUCGUGGAUUACUUCGAAGUUCUCCCUGGCCCUGUCGCGAAACGCAAGGUGGAUAAACUUCUCGAAUGGUGGAACAGGAAAAUUUUUGGAACUAAUCACCGCGAGGACCUAACACUGGAGGUCGUGUCCCACAUGUCCGUCAACGCACUGGCUGAACAGAGGAAGAGGUUGGAGGACGCCGUUUUUGACUCUGAUUAA